GCGGAGGCGAGGCGCCGAAGGAAAGAUGGAAGACUACCAGGCUACCGAGGAGACUGCUUUUGUUGUUGAUGAAGUGAGCAACAUUGUAAAAGAGGCCAUAGAAAGUGCCAUCGGUGGCAACGCCUAUCAGCACAGCAAAGUGAAUCAGUGGACCACAAACGUAGUGGAGCAGACCUUAAGCCAACUCACCAAGCUGGGGAAACCAUUUAAAUACAUUGUGACCUGUGUAAUCAUGCAGAAGAACGGAGCGGGAUUGCACACGGCAAGUUCCUGCUUCUGGGACAGCUCUACUGAUGGGAGCUGCACUGUGCGAUGGGAGAACAAGACCAUGUACUGCAUUGUCAGCGCCUUCGGACUGUCCAUUUGACCGCCUCAUCCAACCUGUGAUCUUUCUCCUUUUGUCCCAACAUUUCUCUUCCAUCUUCUAACCACCAGCCAUCUACUCAGUGAUCACCUGUCUCACUCUCUUUAAGUGUGUUUUUGUGGCGCUCUCAAAAUGUAGAGGAAAAAACCAAAUAACCACACUGUUCUGUGACCUGCACACCCUAAGUCAGA